AUGGUAUCAGAGAAACACCUCAAAGCUUCUUCAAUGGCUCGAACCAGAAAAUCCUCUACUUCUAUUCGAGACCCACCUGAAGCUCUGAUGAACGAUGAUCAUCGUCCUCCUCCACCUGAAGAUCCACCUGCACUGAUUGCGCGCAACAAUGGAGGCCAAACCUCUGUCUCCAAUCGCUUUGCUCCUCUGGAAACCUUAGAUCGACCCACACAUGAAGAUGCUAGAAAUCCAUAUUUCUUGGGUAAUGGAGAUCAUCCUGGAAUUAUCCUUGCCUCACCUCCUCUCAUGGACAAAAAAUUUCAACAAUGGCGUCGGGAUUUCAUGUUAUCGAUUGGGGCCAAGAACAAGAAAGGUUUCCUCAAUGGACAACUACCUCAACCCCAUCCCUCAGAUCCAAACUACAAUGCUUGGCACCAAUUUGAUCAAAUGCUCAUGUUUUGGAUUAUACAUUCGGUGUCUCCUGACAUUAAAAGUAGCAUCAUGUUCUUAGACUCAGCUGUUGCAUGUGGGAAGAACUGA